CCUUUAUUAUUUAAGCAUGCAAAACCCUAAGUCUCUAAUAUUCAAUCCUUUCACCAAAACCAACUUUUGAGAAGCAUGUCGAUCGCAGAGCUUGCUUGUUCUUACGCAUGUUUGAUUCUUAGCGACGAUGGCAUCCCCAUCACGGCUGAGAAGAUUGCUACCCUUCUGAAGGCUGCUAAUCUCAACUGUGAAUCUUACUGGCCGGGUUUGUUUGCGAAGCUUGCAGAGAAGAAAAACAUAGAGGAUCUCAUUCUGAAUGUUGGAGUUGGUGGUGGCGGUGGUGGUGCUCCGGCGGCUGCUGCCCCUGCCGCUGGUGGUGGUCCAGCUGCCGCCGCGCCUCCCCCAGAGGAAAAGAAGGAAGAACCAAUGGAAGAGAGUGAUGAUGAGCCUUUGCUCGGCUUAUUCGAUUAAAAGCAUCAUUUUUAAUAUUUCGUUUUGGGUACCAAUAGAACUGAAUCAGUCAUGGUUUCAUUUUGUCACUUUUUUAAUCAGUAUGUGGUGUUUCAACGUAAUUGUCAACUUAUCGUUGGUGUUCAUACA